CGUCAAUGCCUUACACUCCAUCCCAGUAGAUGGCGGUAUGCACCUUAAGCUGGUCCAUUACAGGUCAGAGAAGAAGACGAACUUGAAUGACUGACUGAAUGAAUGAAAUCGAAACUAAAUCCGUUUUUUAAAUAUUAUUAUUUUUAACUUGUUAAACAAAUAAAUAAAAAUAAAAAUGAAGCUCCGAUCUACUUUUAUCUCAGCGUUCUUGUUUUUACUCGCACACGGUAAGAUAUUUUAUGUUACAAUCUCUGUUCUUGUCAGCUACAGUUUAAACAAAGAGCGCUCAAAGAUACACGUGGCACUGGCAGCCCUAUGGACAUGAUUACAAUCUAUGCUUCAUACAGUGUUUACAGUGUUGGUACUGAUGGACUGUCAGCAUUUGUGAUGGAUGGAGAUUCAGUCGCUCUACACACUGAUGUUGAAACAAAACAACAAGAAGAUAUAAAAUGGUAUUUUAAUGACAAUAGAAUUGCUCAAAUCACUGGAGAUCUCAGUUAUAUCUGUACAGAUGUUCAGUGUAAUGGUGGUAAUGAGAGUUUCGAGGACAGACUAGAGCUGGACAGUAAAACUGGAACUCUUACAAUCACAGACAUCAGAACCACAGACGCUGGACUUUAUGAAUUAAAGAUCAUCAGCAUCAGAUACAGCAGCGAAAAUACCUUCAUUGUUACUGUUCAUGGUGUUCCUGCUGCUGAACGAGAUGAAAUGAAGAGAAAGUCAGUGAAUGAGGGAGAAUCUGUCACUUUAGAUCCUGGUGUAAUAAAAAACCCAAAUGAUUUGAUGACGUGGCAUUUUAAUGACAUUUGCAUCGCUGAACUCAGUGAAGAACCCAGAAUGAAUUGUACAGAUGUUCAGUGUAUAAAUGGCACUGAGAGAUUCAGAAACAGACUGAAGCUGGAUCAUCAGACUGGAUCUCUGACCAUCACAAACAUCACAAUCACAGACUCUGGACUUUAUAAACUACAGAUCAGCAGCAGCAGAUUCAGCAUCACAAGGAGCUUCAGUGUUACUGUCACUGUUUCAGGUCUGUCUUCAGGUAAAAUACCAGGAAUAUGUACUGCUGCUGCUGCUGCUGCUGCUGUUGGUGUCCUGCUGUUCAUGGCUGCAUCUGUAAAAAGGAAAGACACCAGGACGCAGCACAGUAAUCAGGCGAAUGGUGGGAGUGGGAUUCCACUGAUGGAUGAUGCUAAUGAGAGGUCCUCUAAUCACACUGAUGCUCGUGUGAAGAACACUAUCAAUAGCUCGUCCUCUAAUCACAUUCAGAUUGAGCCUGUGGCUGCCAGUGAGAUUUAACAUUUAUAAUUAUUUUGAUACUUUUGUGGGAAGUGAAGAGAGGUUAGAGAACGGAGAGAUUUUUGUUUUCUUUCCAAUCCUCUCUUAAUCGUAAGACGGUCCCUCAUUGCUCAGAGAACUAGUUUCUUUCUUUCUUUCUUUAUUUUAAAUAGUGUCAUCAUACCAAGAUUUUAGGAGUCACUACCAAUACCAAGUGAAAUUUCACCUCAACUUUAGUUUCAACAACACACCAAGAACUAGUAUGAAUAUUAAGUUAUAUGAACUUUAUGAAACGGUGAGUUUUUGACAUUUUUCUGUAUGUAGAACUUUGUUGAAGCUGCUGAAGUGACUCACACAGGAACAUAAUUUGGUAACACUUUAUAAUAACUGCACACUAUGAAUCAUUAGUUAAUCAUUAGUAAAUAGUCAAUUAAUUAUUUAUAAAGCAUUGUUACAACAUUAAUAGGCAUUAGUAAGCAGUUUAUAAAAACAGCUAUAAAUGUUUUGGUCUUGAGCAUAUCUAUAAUGUUUAAUAAUUGUAUUUUCAUACUUUAUUAAUGAUCAAUUUAUCAUUUCUAAAUUAUUACGUUAUUUACAAACCAGUUAUUUAGGAGUUGUCAGUGGUUCAUAAGAUCAUUUAGAAAGUGUAAGUAAAUGAUUAAUAAACUAUUUAAAUGUACAUUUAUAAAUCUUAUUAUUUAGACACAUGAUAAUAGUUGCUCAGUGUUAAUAAAUGCUUUAUUAACACAUAUUCCUGCUGUAAUUCAUGAUUAAGUCAGGUAGGCCUAGUUAUAAAACAUUUAGUAGUUGCCAGCCAUCUAUUUAUGUGAUCUAAAGUGAGGACUAUUCAUACCUCAUAAAGCAUUUACAAAGGAGGUUUAAAGGCUCAUUUAUCUUCCAAACAGACAAGUUAAACAAACACAACACAGAGGGAUACAGAACACAGAAAUAUUUUUUCAAGAUGCAAAAAUGAAACUGUACAACUAAAAAGAAAAAUUAAAGUGUACAGUUGGAAAAUUUCCUUUUUUUUUUUUCAUCUUGAAAUAAAUAUUUUUGAGUUCUGUAUCCCUGUGUUGUGUUUGUUUAUUUUUUUUUCUGUUAGGAAGAUAACUGAGCCUUUAAAUCUCCUUUGUAAUAGAUAUGCUUAUAAAUCAAGAACAAGGUAUUUAUAGCUGUAUUUAUAAACUGCUUGCUAAUGACUAUUAAUGUUGGGACAAUGCUUUAUAACGGAUGAACUGACUAUUUACUAAUGCUUACCUAAUGAUUCAUAGUGUGUUACCCAUAAUUUUUGUUUCUUGUUGUCAAAAAUAUUGAUACGUCAAUGCAUAUUGAUACAAAAAUAUUUUAAUUGAUACAAUAUCGCAUUUCCCGUUCACACCAGGAGUUUUAAUCUGUAUCUUCUAUCCACUUUCAACCACUUCUGUCCUGAUUUCUUUUGAGGGGAGGGUCUGUGGGCCAGUGUAUGUGGGCCUUUUCUGAACCUUCGAUCUAAAAUCAGCGAUACUCAUCUCAUUCGGUCCUGUUGAAGCGUUCUGUUACGGCCCACCACAAUCUAAUCUAGAACUCAGUACUUGUGCAUUGUUUACUGCCCUGAUGACACACGUACAUCACAGAGACAUCUAUUUGAUGUCUGUUUUUACAUCUGCAAGACUUGAACGAAUAGAUAUGUCACAUUAUGUCAAAAUACCCGUCUUGGCGAGCAUCCUCGUAAACAGUCUGUUACGUCGCAAACAUCAAGAAAGCACCUGUAUCAUUAUUAUAGAUCCACUCAGUCUUAAAGUGACAGCUGUGUCAUUAAUGUAAUUUAAACAAACAAAAGACAGAGUAAAAGUCAUUGUUAGACCUGACUGAAGAACUUCAAGCACUGGUUUUAUUUUGUAUGUUUGUUCUAUUGUAUUUAUUUGUGCCAUUGGUUGUGAUUUGUUUGGGUUUUUAUUUUAUUACUUGACCUCACUUGAGUUGUGUUUGAUACCAUUUGAUAAUGUUUGAACUUUGAAUGAAGCUAGUAGCUUUUUCUGUAACAUUGGCAUUGAGCCAUGCUUGAGGGUUUAACUCAAAUGGCAAAUGAAGACAUACAGUACAGUAACUACAGAAAACUAAUACAAUAAUACAGUAAACUAAAAUAAUAUAAUUAUGAAAUAAUUAUUUUCAUUUUAAAGUUCAGUUGUAUUACAACAUAUUGUAUUUCUGUCUUAGGAAUAAUAAUAAUAAUGAUAUCAUAUUCAAAUUGUUUGUCUUCCUAAAAUGUGAUAUGGACUGAGACACUAUCAAACUAACAAAAAGUGCACCAGACUGACUUGCAUAGUUGCAAGUUUUCAAUGACAAAAACGUCUUGCUUCGAUUUCAGAAGUGUAGUUAUAGUGUAGUUUAAAAAACUACACUAUAAGACCUAUAAAUGCCUUGACAUACCAGUUAUUUUGUCCCAUUUGAGGACAUUCACUUAUAGGUGCUAGCAUUGGCUGUUUACGUUUACAUGUCGCCCAGAUGGGCGCACAGCUGCAACAGAAGAGAUGCCGAAAAACUGAUGCUGCAAGUGUUGUUAAUUGAUAUUGUUGACGUUAAUACAUAAGACUGAUAUUAUGUUGUUAAUGUAAAGCGUUUUUUUUUUUUACUGUACUUAUCCAACAUCUUACCAAGCAAGCUGCCAUUAAAAUUAACCAUCUUUAUACAAUAACACCAACCAGAGUUAACCAGCUUGAAAAGAAAACAUUUCACUGAGAGUGUUUAUUAUGUUUCAUGCCUGUAUACAUAAAUGCUGCGGGUUCUGUGUGAAUGAUGAAAUAGCAUGUGAAAUACCCAAUGCCUUAUUCCUCAGGAAAAGUGCUACAGCACGAUUUCCACAUGAUACAACAAUAGCAAAGUCAUUUUUUUUAUAGUCUUCAUGCAUUUGCAUAUAUUUGUUGAAAUGUGAAAAAACAAAAAAAAACAAAACAAGAAUCUCAGUGAAACUUUGUGAACAAAACAUUUGUGAUUAUUAUGAAGUGGUGCUGAUCAGAUUCUUUUUUUUUUUUUGUAAUGACUAUUUUAUUAUUUUUUGUGUGUACUGUACUAUCCUCUCACAGAGCCUUUGCUUCUGAUUUUAUAUAUUUGUAUUUUUUAAUAAUUUAACUUUUUGUACAUUUUUAUACGUUUUAUACGAUUUUUGUGUUUUUUCUGUAAGAAAUGACAUUAAAACAUCCGAUUGACUCA